UUCUGGAAUCUUCUACAGUUUUCUCGACUCUGUUAGUUUUGCAUUUUCCGGUCUUCUCCUGCACUUUCCUUCUCUCUUUCAAUUUCUUUUUUUCUCCACAAAAUCAUAUACUGAAGCAAUCUUCAAGAACCAUUUUUCUUCUUCUUUUGAAAAAUCCAAAUUUCUCAAAGUGAAGAAAAGGAAGAGAAACGAAGCAGUAGAAGAGAAGAUGGGGGUUGAUUAUUACAAAGUAUUGGGUGUUGAUAAGAACGCUACAGAUGAUGAUUUGAAGAAAGCUUAUAGAAAACUUGCCAUGAAAUGGCAUCCUGAUAAGAACCCACAAAACAAAAAAGAAGCUGAAGCUAAGUUCAAACAGAUCUCUGAAGCUUAUGAUGUGCUUAGCGACUCCCAGAAAAAAGCUGUGUAUGACCAGUAUGGUGAAGAAGGGCUGAAGGGUGGGGUGCCACCGCCUGGAGCUGGUGGUCCCGGUGCCGGUUCAACCUACUUUUCUACUGGGGAUGGCCCUACUUCGUUCAGAUUCAACAGUAGAAAUGCUGAUGACAUAUUUGCUGAAUUUUUCGGCUUUUCUACUCCAUAUGGACCUGGAGGGGGUAGGGGUUCAAGGUUUGGUAAUAUGUUCACUGAUGAUAUAUUCGCAGCAUCCUUUGCUGAAGGAGGAGGUGGUGGUGGUGUUCCCAUGCAUCCAUCAGUCCCAAGGAAAGAGGCUCCGGUACAACAGAACUUGCCUUGUAAUCUUGAGGAUCUCUACAAGGGUACCACCAAAAAGAUGAAAAUUUCUAGAGAAAUUGCCGAUUCGAGUGGCAAGAGAAUUGUGCAAGAGAUUCUGACAAUCGAAAUUAAACCUGGUUGGAAGAAAGGUACAAAGAUCACCUUCCAAGAAAAAGGGAAUGAGCAGCCAGGUGUUAUACCAGCUGAUCUGGUCUUCAUAAUAGAUGAGAAACCUCAUAAGGUAUUCUCGCGUGAUGGAAAUGACUUGAUUGUCUCUCAAAAGAUUUCUUUGGCUGAAGCGUUAACUGGUACUACGGUCCAUCUCACUACUCUGGAUGGAAGGAACUUAACAAUUCCAAUCAACAACGUGAUUCAACCAAAUUAUGAACAUGUCGUCCAAGGUGAAGGCAUGCCGCUUCCAAAAGACCCGUCAAAGAAAGGGAAUUUGAGGAUCAAAUUUGACAUCAAGUUCCCUGCUCGUCUCACUAUGGCUCAGAAAUCUGGUAUCAAAGAGCUGUUGGGUUCUUGAGCUUUAUGCACAGCUUUGGUGCUGGUUUUGUUCUGUGUAAAUAUUUUCGUAAAACCAUUUGAAGCUAUGGAGUGGGGCGUUGGUUUAGGCUCGUAGACGAGUCUCUUCCUUAGCAAAGUAGAAUUUUGUUCUUGUUUUUUAUGGAUAUUGUUCAAUGUAUCCAUUCAACAACAGGCAAUACCUCUUCUUUUUUUGGAAUAAGUCUUCAAAAUUCACAGGCCUCGCAGCUGUUGAAUCAUUAGUGUUUUCUUGCAUUGUCUGUUAUGAAUGUUUUCAGAAAUAGAGAGGUUGGGUUUAAGUUAA